CGAUUUUCCAAUGUCUUUCUCCUUCUGUUCUUCCAUGUGAAGUCAAAGAGAAACCAAACCAGAGCUCGCUAACAAUGGCAGCCACGACUCAUAGAUAUUUACUGUUGAUAUUUCUGGCAGCAGUAUCGUCGCUGUUGUUGGUGGAAUCUGGCGACACGAAUCACAUCUACCGGCCUUGCAGUGACACCACCGUACAGCGGUCGGAUGGGUUUACUUUUGCCAUCGCAUUUGCAUCGAGGACCGCCUUCUUCUAUAAGAAUAAUAGCAGCCUUCAGUUAUCUCCUUGCGAUUCAAGGCUAUCCCUCUCUAGCCAGAAUUCUCAGAUCUCCGUUUUUAGACCUAAAGUCGACGAGAUCUCUCUCCUAACGAUUAACACCUCUUCCUCCUCUCCGGACAAUUAUGGUGGAUAUAUGGUCGCAUUUGCUGGGAGAAAAUAUGCUGCAAGGUCGCUUCCUGCUUUUGUCGCAAACAGCACAUACACUGUGACAAGCUUCACUCUGGUUCUUGAGUUUAAGAAGGGCAGGCUGCAAAACCUUUACUGGAAAAGGGAUGGAUGCACUAGAUGUACGGGAAACAAUAACUUUGUUUGUCUUAACAAUCAGGAUUGUGCAAUCAGAACAUCGAACUGCAAAAACCAUGGAGGUUCAGUAGAUUGCAGCCUUGGUAUCCAAUUGGCCUUCUCUGGCACGGAUAAGCAUCUUGCAGUUCUCAACUCAUGGUAUGAGGUGGAAAAUCUGAGGCAGUACUCACUUUUUGGCCUUUACUCAAAUCUCAGGAAUUCUCUGACUAGCCAGUAUAAUAAGAUAUUUUAAUUGUGCUUAUAGAAGUUUUGCUCCUGAUUUGUUGGAAUUUUCCCCUCCUUGAUUUUGAAGUUGCCCACCUCUACCCUUUGCUGAUGAGUGCUUCCACUCGCAUGUUGCCAUCUCUUUGCGGUUAUUGUGUGUAAAUUUAGAAAUACUAUCGGUUUUUUGUGAUUAUAUAUGAAAAAGAAAAAGAGAAAAUGUUACAGUUGAAAUUUCAA